AUGAACUUAACACAUAAUGAUGGCGUUGGUGCAGCUUGGAUUAUGGCAACCGUGGGCCACACAAGAAGGCUUUCCAAAAAAGACAUCACUAGCGUAUCUAUUCCACAGGUGUGUCGCCUGGUUCAAAAGCAGAAGCUGCUUCGUCUUGCCCUGAACCUCAUGUACGGUUUAGCUCUACUCCAUAAACAACAGGUCAAUUACGUGUUUGAGGACGUGGCAAAUGUGCAUCAGAAAUUGACAAGACCUGUGUUCUUUGGGCAGAUUGAGGAGAAAGCGGUGGUCCACCAGAGGAGGCACGUCCCACUUCCUGAUAGUGGGAGCUUCACAAUGCAAGAUUUCGCUUGUGACGAGUGGUUCCUAGAGAGACAGGGCUUUCGAGACGUGGAGGAAUGCUUCGAUACCUACAUAUCCCACGCUCAGCGGGCUGACGCGUUAGACAAGCUGUUGGAUGAGAUACUUGAUCAAACCUUAGCCACCAUCAGAGCUAAUGAGACUACAUUAGGGGAAGUUGGGUUCGAGUUCGACGAAAACGGAGAGAUCAACUCUCAAGCUAUUCUCUCUAUCAAUCAUGAUUUGGCGGGUUUGGAGGCAGAUUUUGAGGACUUGCGCAGGGAUCAACCAGGUGGGGACCACUCAAAGGACCCCCACUUCUCUACAACACUGAAUGUUCUCCGCUCAACCUUGAACCAGAGAGAGUCUCGUCCAAAACGCAAACACAUUGUAUGUGAUCCUGUCACGGUCCACACAGCAUACUCCUUCUGCUACCCACUCUAUCUUAGAGAGUUCGAUACACUACCCUCUGUUCCUAAGAGGCGUAAGCAGUCUAUAUGGGAUACAUUGGGCGAGAUGAGCCUCACAGCUGCUCCCUAUCUUAAUCAAGCAACACAGUUUUACUUGGAACCGCCGCCUGGAACGAUUCCACCUUCUAGACUUCCUCAGUGGAAAGCAAGAACGGAUGACGUUGAACUUGGCAGGAACGUGCAGAUUCUGGCAGAUGCCAUUGAGUUUGCCAGGGCCUCCAUGCUAGAUUUCGAGCCCGAUGAUACCUUUGAGUCUUUUACCUUGAAUGACAAAACUCUGGAGGAUGCCUCCUUCCAGUUCCCCUCAUCGCAAGUAGAGUCGCAAGGGACCGUUGGCCGCAACCUCCACAAAUUAGCACUUAAGCUUCUCGGUUAUAUCCACAAGCGCUCGUUCGAAUACGGCAGUUUUUGCGACUGGGAAGGAAACCAGGCCCCGUCCGGCGGCUACCGCAAGAUCAGCUUUGUGGAUCUUUUUCCACCUCAGCCACUCGGUCCUUCGGACUUGUCAGUAACACGCAAGCUAGCAGCCAAAUCAUUCGGAACCGUUUUGGAGUUGGCAACCAAGAGUGCUCUCCAGAUAAUUCCUGGUGAUGAGCCCGCCGCUGAGAAAGCGUGGGUGCUUCAUUCAUACGAUGAUGGUUGA